AUGGCGACACAGCGGCUGGCGCUCAACCUGCGACAAUCCCUGCGAAGCCGACAAGCUCUUAACAGCAUCCGAAGUCCCGUCAGAAGAUACGCAAACCCCGUCGAGAACUCUCGAACAGAAUCCACAACUCUCUCAAAUGGUCUGACGAUCGCGACUGAGCACUCACCAUGGGCUCAAACAUCAACGGUCGGCAUGUGGAUCGAUGCAGGUAGCCGGGCAGAAACAGACAAAACCAAUGGCACAGCUCAUUUUCUCGAGCAUCUGGCGUUCAAGGGUACCGGAAAUAGAACACAGCAACAGCUUGAGCUAGAAAUCGAGAACAUGGGCGGCCACCUGAAUGCUUACACAUCGCGCGAGAACACUGUUUACUACGCAAAGUCCUUCAACAAUGACGUCCCCAAGACAGUCGAUAUCCUCUCAGAUAUCCUUCAGAACUCGAAACUCGAUCCUCAAGCCGUAGAGCGUGAACGAGAUGUGAUCCUCCGAGAGCAAGAAGAGGUCGACAAGCAGCUGGAAGAGGUCGUCUUCGACCACCUACACUCGACUGCUUUCCAGGGCCAGCCCCUCGGCCGCACCAUCCUCGGACCCCGCGACAACAUCCUCUCGAUCAACCGUCAAGAUCUCGUUGACUACAUCAAGACCAACUACACUGCAGACCGAAUGGUUCUCGUCGGAGCAGGUGGCAUCCCCCACGAAGACCUUGUUAAGCUCGCCGAGAAGCACUUUGGCAGCUUGCAGUCCGCCCCUCCCACCUCAUAUGCCGCCGAAGUCGCCGCUGAGCAGAAGCGCAAGCCUCAGUUCAUCGGCUCAGAAGUCCGCAUCCGAGACGACUCCAUCCCAACAGCACACAUCGCCAUCGCGGUCGAGGGCGUAAGCUGGAAGGACGACGACUACUUCACUGCACUCGUCACCCAAGCUAUCGUCGGCAACUGGGACCGCGCUAUGGGCCAGACGCCUUACAUGGGCAGCAAGCUCGCCGGAUUUGUGAACUACCACAACCUCGCCAACAGCUUCAUGAGCUUUUCGACUAGCUAUAGCGAUACUGGCCUCUGGGGAAUCUACCUCGUCUCCGAAAACCGCACCCAACUAGACGACCUAAUCCACUUCACCCUCCGCGAAUGGUCGCGCCUCUCCAUCAACGUCUCCGAAGCCGAGGUCGAGCGCGCCAAAGCUCAGCUCAAAGCCUCCAUCCUCCUCUCCCUCGACGGCACGACCGCCGUGGCAGAAGACAUCGGCCGCCAGAUCGUCACUACGGGACGAAGGAUGGAUCCGGCGGAGAUCGAGAGGGUAGUAGGCGGGAUCACGGAGAAGGAUGUGAUGCGGUUCGCGCAGAAGAAGUUAUGGGAUCAGGAUAUUGCGUUGAGUGCGGUCGGGAGUGUGGAGGGGAUAUUGGAUUAUAACCGGAUUCGGAAUGAUAUGUCGAGGAUGAGUGCGUAG